AUGUUCGUUCGUAUUGCGUUGCAGCUUCGAGGGAGGCGGCGAUUCGCACAAAGUUUAAGCAGAUGGCAGCACUUCCUCGACGAGCUGGAUGGCAAAGGGGCCAACGAAUGCUUUCCCGAUCUUGCGAGUUACAGCCGCGCCGUGCAGUCGUGUGGCAGAGCCAAGAGAUGGGACUGUGCAUUGCAGCUGCUGUCGUCAAUACAAAAACAAGGAAUCGAUUCGAUGUUCUGCACGACCGUCAUUGGAGCCUGCCGGCAUGCAGCGGCAUGGGAACCAGCCGUGGCCAUAUUGCAUCAACUGGAGACGGGUGCUUUGGGAAUUCAGCCAACGGUACACCACUACGGAGCGGUCGCCAGCUGCCUGGAGUUUGUCGGGAACUGGGAAAAGGCCCUGGCCUUGACGCGAUCGUUGCAGUCCCAUGGACUGAUGCCUAGCGUGCAGUUCUGCGGGGCCAUUAUUACCGCGUGUGAGAAGUCCUGUCAGUGGGAGCGGGCCCUUUCGCUUCUCAGGCUCAUGGGCGAAUUGGCCGCAGGUCCCGAUGUUAUGGCAUUUAACACGUCUAUUGCAGCUUGCGGAAAGGGUCGACGAUGGAAAGAUGCCGUGUUGCUCUUGGCAGAGAUGUAUGCUUCGGAACUUUUACCUUCUGUGGUGACGAAUAGCAUUGUCAUGAGUGCUCUGGAGAGAUCAAGGCAGUGGAUGCUGGCUGUUAUGAUCAUGGAUGGAAUUCUUGCCCGUGGGUUGGAAGCCGAUUACAUCACAUGGAAUUCGGUUAUCAGUGCGUGUGAGUCGGGUUCGCAGUGGGCGCAGGCAUUGCGCAUGUUGCACAGAGCACGCUUGUGUUUCGUUGCAGACCCGAGUGGCAUGCCGCAGAACCUGAAGCGUGGCACGAAUUCGGUCAUAAGUGCCUGUGGUAAAGCAAGCCGAUGGCCUUUGGGAAUCCAACUUCUGCGCGUGAUGCGAGAGGAUGGACCUGAUGGAGACCAGGAGCCUCGCAAGAAGCCGGCCAGGCACAUGGACAUUCUCUGCUUCAACUCUUUGCUGCUUCAGAUGAAUGGUGCCCACUGGAAGAUUGCGGCAUGCCUGCUGCAAGAGAUGAUCCUUCUCAAGCUUUCAUCGGAUUUGACGACGUACAGGGGUUGUACUGCUGUUUUCCAGGAAGGCGCCUGCCACAGUAGAUUCUGGUAUCAAAUCACCCAGUCUGCUCUUGAGCUUCCUCGAGCCCUUCGCUGUGUCGAACGAUUCCGGCAGGAGGAACAUGCCAUCGAAGUGGCGCUGACUGCAAGCCGACUGCGAGGGCUACACUGCUUGCCCCUUCAUACGGAUCGGAUGAUCCAACGCGUCGUCGAGGCUCCGGCCAUGGCCUCCUUGUCGCGCCUUUCGCACCGGUCUGUUCGGCAUCUUGCGACAUGCUCUCCUCAACGUCGUGUGCACGACAAAGUGCUUGGAACCUGCAGCAGUAUUGGUCCAGACUUUGUGCGCUACUGCUUGGAAACUGGAAGCGUGAUUGUAUUGCAAAGACACUUGGUUCGCUGA